AUGGAAAUUGCUUCAAUAUCUUCAACAGUUGCGAAUACAAAAAAUUUAAUAUCGCAGGUAAAAGAAAUAAAUCGAACGAUCCCUCCGCAAAAUAAAGCAAGCCAAAUAAAAAAGAAAUCAAUUAAUCAGCCCACAGCAGAACCAAAAUUAACUGCAGAAAAAAGGCGAGGAAGAAAAAGGAAGAACCUUGACGAAACUAUAUUAUCUUCAGCAAAUAUAAGUCCUGAAAUUAAAAUGGAGUCGCUAAAAAGAAGAAAAACCGUCAAUAAACCUAGAAUUAAACCUAAAGCAACAGAAAUAUUAAGUCACAUUGAUGAUUUGGCUU